AUGACCCAGUACCGCUUUCGGAAAGUCUCAUCUCCUACUGAUAUCCGUACAAAUCAUUCCGCAAAUUACCUCGAAUGGGGCCGCGGCUUGACUCACGAUCAGUACACUGCGCGCGAGCGUCAUCUUGGAUCACAACCGCCUUGUCUCGACGGCCACAUCUCUUACUGGUCUUACGAAGAGCUCUCCGAGAACGACAAUUCUUGGACCAUGGUUUCAUGCUGCGAAUCUCUUACACGCCCAGCCUUGUACAAGACAAAGGGCUCGCCUGUGCGCCAAACAAUUUGCCAUAGUGUUGGAGCAGUCUUUACUCCAAUCCCACAUCGUGGUAAAGGCCACGCACGUCGCAUGCUAGCUCUGCUUGUUGAGAAGUUUGAUCAAACCGACGCGCCAGAUUCACCUUUCUGUGAUUUAUAUGCCAACCUAGCCCGCCAGCCCUUUGCCAUUGAAGACGACGAAGCCAUUCGUAAGGAUCGCGUGUUAAAUUCUUUUUCUGUGCUUUGGUCAGACGUUGGCACCUACUAUGAAAAAUUUGGUUACAAGGCCUCAUCCAACUUGGAAAUGGUAAUCACUAAGCUCACGCCAAGCGACAGUGAUUUAGCUGGCUCAGUUGAUGGAACUGUGCUGCUUACAGAGGCCGAUGAGGUUGAGUUUGCAGCUAAGGAUACGGCCCAAUUUAUUAAGCAACUUGACUACAUGACAGAGGCAGAUGGGACCCCCCGUGCAGCUAUCUUGCCAUCAACAGACUUGCACAUUAUGACCCAUGCGCGCGCACACUUUGUUGCCCCACUUUUGCGUCCAGAUCAGGUUCCCGAUGGUGUUACACACCCAGAAGGUCCGGUGCCAAAUGAUUUCCGGUCGGUACAGCAUUUUGGUGCGGCUCUCCAGACUGGAUCACACAUGAGCAUUCUCUGGGCCCAGGACAUUGGCAACAACAAGCUCAACAUUUUACGUUCACUUGUUGAGCCUCCAGAAGGUGCCAAGCUGGUGUCAAGCAAGGAGGCUCUUGCGGCGGAUCUUGUUACAUUGCUGCAGGCAGCUGUUGCAGAGGCACGCAGAUGGCACCUGUCAAAAGUCACUUUGUGGAUCCAGGACUUGCCUCGUGACCCAGUAACUGGGGCUGAUCUUCUGACCCUAGAAGAUGUUGUGGAAGCAUGGAACUCGCAGCCAAAUGACUCUCAAUAUGCUAAGUUCCCCGCAGCCAUUUCUGAGCGCGAAGACUCGUGGCCUGCAGCACGACCCUUAGGGGGUCGCAAGUCGGGUGGUAGUCCACAGCAGGUUUUAGUGUUUGACGGCAAGUAUGCCUGGUAUUAG